AUGGCUUCGAACAUGAGCUCGGCGGAGCAGGCGGCCAGCGCGCUGGCGCAGGACAUCAGCAAACUUUCCAUCGUGGGACGAGGACGCAAGAAGAAGAAUGGCAAGGCCAACAAAGCUACUGGCAAUACGACGACGGAGGUCGCGCACAAGCCCGGUAUGCCGAACACCAGUACUGGCCGCACCAAGACCAAGGACAAGGACAAGGACAAGAGUGGCACGGCGGACAGCGACACUGGCAAUACCCAGGACCUGUCUGGAACUCAAUCGACAACGGCAGCUCCUACCAGGCCUCACUACGUCCCCCCGCAGCGGCGCCUGCGCGGCAGCAAGCAAGAAGGCAAUCAUUCCGCGAUCAAAGGUACGCACCGUACCAUCCACAGGAGCACAGCUCCUGGGAAUGGGCCCGGUCUGAUCAGCAUCAACCUGAGCUAAUGGAAGACUACUCUGCAGCCCGUAGUCUUGACGACGUUGAUGAGAGUAACUUCAUCCAGGGAUCAAAUACUGACGAGAAUGGCGCUCGGAGGAGCACACGGUUGAGAGACUCGUGGCAGCGGCCGGCACACCACCAGCCUCCGCUGCGGCAGUCUGCGCAACAGCUCGGACAGACUCAGCUUCCACCCAAUUUCUUCUCAAGCUAUCCGCCGGCUUUGCCUGCGCAACAGCUCGGACAGACUCAGCUUCCACCGAACUUCUUCUCAAGCUAUCCGCCGGCUUUGCCUCAGCCUUUGCCUCAGCCUUUGCCUCAGCCUUUGCCUCAGCAGCCGGUAGUGCCGCGGCCGAGCACGUUCCCAUCGACGUCUUCGCCUCCACAUCAUCUUCCAGCGCAGCAACAGAUUUCAGGACGUCGACCGCGUCCAAAGAGCAAGACUCCCCCGCGCUCGGAGGAUCCGCUUGUGAACCUGCUCCCUAGGCCUAUUCCAACACCAUCAUAUCUACAGAAUAGUCUCCAGCAACCUCAGCUGAUGGAUUCUCCGCGGCCGCUGCUGGUGGUACUUGAUCUCAAUGGCACAUUGCUCUGUCGAAUGGACAGGCGCAGCAGCUACACCGGCCGUCCUCGUGUCAAGGAAUUCCUGCGUUACUUGUUCAGUCACCAUCGCGUCAUGGUCUGGUCUUCGGCGCGGCCGCAGAAUGUGGACAAGAUGUGCAGCACUCUCUUUGACAAGGAACAACGGGAGAAGCUGCAGGCGGUGUGGGCGCGCGACAAGCUUAGGCUUACUGACGCGCAGUACGGGACGCGUGUCCAGGUGUACAAGCAGCUCUCGUGGAUCUGGGAGGAUGCCACCAUCAACGGCAAGAAGCCGUGGAGCCAAGCGGAUACGGUCCUCAUUGACGACAGCAUGGAAAAGGCCGCGAGCGAGCCGCACAGCAUCAUCGAGAUUGAGGAGUUUGAGGCAAAGAAGGAGCAGAUGGAGACGAAUGUUCUGGGCCAAGUCAUUUCGUACUUGGAGAUUUUGAGCUACGUGCAUGAUGUGAGCGCGUACAUCAGAGCCCACCCCUUCAAGUACGCUCCUGAAGCCAAAGCGGAUACCCCUAUGCAGUAG